AUGAGCACUCUCUCUGAAGUCUACACACAAUAUCCUCUCAAAGUCGACGAUAUCAUCCCUUUAGACUUUGAUUCCGUCGUUACUGUGCCUGAUUCUCAUGCUUGGCCUAUCUCCGACGGCUUUGAGUCCAAUGACUGGUUAUCUAUACCCACGAUUGACCUCAAGGACCCAGAUGCAGCUAAGCUAAUAGGUCAUGCAUGUGAGACAUGGGGUGUAUUCCAAGUUGUGAACCAUGAUAUUCCAUUGAACCUACUCGAUGAAGUUGAGUCUGAGGCUCGUCAGCUUUUCUCUCUUCCGACUACACAAAAGCUCAAGGCCUUAAGGUCUCCUGGUGGAGUCACCGGAUACGGCUUAGCUCGAAUAUCGUCGUUUUUCAACAAGUUUAUGUGGCAUGAAGGGUUCACUAUCAUUGGUUCUCCUUUGGAUCAUGCCAGAGAACUAUGGCCCAAUGACUAUCAGAAAUUUUGUGACAUAAUGGUGGACGGACAAAAGAAAAUGGAGGAGCUAGCCAUAACAAUAAUGCAUAAUAUUCUGGAGUACUUAGCCGUGUCAGAAGAAGAAAUGAAGUGGCUUGGUUCACCUGGAGUUGCCAGCACUGCUUUGCAGCUGAACUCUUAUCCAUUGUGCCCAGACCCCAAUCGAGCCAUUGGUCUAGCUCCUCACACAGACACUUCCCUCUUCACCAUACUGCACCAGAGGAUCAGCGGCCUACAAAUAUUCAAAGAAGGAGUUGGAUGGGGUUUAGUACAACCAGUCACUGGGGCACUUGUAGUGAACGUUGGUGAUCUCUUACACAUCCUCUCAAAUGCUAGGUUUCCAAGUGUUGUUCAUCGUGUGGUGAUGAAAGAGGCUAAACAAAGGUUUUCUGUGGCUUUCUUCUAUUCUCCGCCUGCUUAUUUCAAUCUAGAUCCUCUGGGUUUGAGUUUUGGCCAAAUUCCUCUAUACCGCUCUGUGACAGUGGCUGAAUACGUUGGCAGGAAGGCCAAGGACCUUGAAAAAGCACUUACUUCGAUUAGAAUUUAG